AUGCGCAUUUUAUUAGUGACACCAGCAUUAUUAUCUUUGUAUUUUUUAACACUUACUAAUUUAACUGUAACAUUAUUUGCUCUUGAUGAGCCUCAAUGGUGGAAAGUUUAUUGGAUUCAUUCAUCACUUCUUGAGGUGAAAGGAUUAUUGGACAAACCGUUAUACCGUAUUCUACAGAAGGAUCCGGUUUUGAUUGAUGUCCUGAAAGAGGCACUACAGGAUACGUUGCGUGAAUGUUCACGGCAAUCAGUUAUUCAUCAUUGGAAAUGUAAUGUUGACGGAAUACCUCGAAAGACACUUUUCUCUAACGUUGCAUCAUUUGCCAGUAAAGAAUUUGCAUAUUUCCUAGCACUUUCCAGUGCUGCAGCUGUACGUGCUAUAGCUCAUGCUUGUGCUCGUGGACGCCUUCGAUCAUGUUCUUGCGAUCCGGCAAAGAUCGGUCCGGUACACGCAGAUCAGCGUGAUAUGUGGAUAAGAUGUGGUGUUGAUCGAGGAUCGGAUAAUUUACGUUAUGCUGUAAAAUUGUCAAAACGUUUAAUUGAUCGUCAAUUUGUUUGCUAUUACUCUGAUCGAGUAGCACAAAUCUAUUUGCACAACAUUGCUGUUGGUAGAUCGCGUGUUACUUUAAAAAUUAAAUGUCACUGCGUUUCGGCAUUCGGAAGCUGUCGACGACGUUAUUGUGAGGCAAAAGUGGUACCAUUCGAAAUGAUCGGUGAUGCUAUUAUGGAAUCAUUGUUACGAUCACGUCGUAUUCGACGUUCCAACGCUUUACCAACCUCACGGGUAACAUGUCUAAGACCACGAAACGAACGAAGCAUGCGGCGCAAAGUGGUACCAUUGUGGUUUAUUGAUACUCGGAAUUGGACAAUGCGUAAUGGAAAAUCUCGUCGACGAUUAAAAUCUUAA